AUGAGUGUAUCAUUUAAUUCUGAUGAUGUUGACGAUGAUGAUACUCCACAGUUAUCUGCUGAAGCCAUGCAUGCAUUGGCAGAAUUCUAUCUUGAAAUGGAUAUGAGUAGUGAAGCUAAUGUUGAAGAAAAUUGGCAGUUGAGCCAGUUUUGGUAUUCUGAAGAGACCGCAUCAAAACUUUCUCAAGAAUGCACAACAUGUAUUGGUUACGAAGGGAGGAUUGCUUGCAUAUCAUGCCCAACGCUUCUUGAUCAUCUUUUAAAAUAUGAUUGUAUUGCAUCAGGACGUGUGAAAGUAACACUUUUUGAAUAUGAUACUCGAUUUGCUACUAAAUUUCCUGAGGAAUUCGUCUUCUAUGACUAUCGAAAACCUUUGGAAAUACCAGAAUUUUAUCAUAAUGCAUUUGAUUUAAUUAUUAUUGAUCCACCGUUCUUGUCAGAUGAAUGUUUAAUUAAAAUUGCACAAACAGUGCAGUUUUUAUCUCGUUUCACAGGAACAAAAAUAUUGGUUUGUACAGGAUUGGUUAUGGCAGACCUUGUCAAAAAAUUGUUUAAUGCUCAUAAAUGUGAAUUUCGACCUUCGCACAAGCACAAUCUGGCCAAUGAAUUUGUCUGCUACGCUAAUUAUGAUGUCGCAGUUUUAUAA